AUGUCGGCCGCAGGGUCCUCAUCCUCCCGCAUAACGACCAAACGUAACAAGUCCGCUCCUGAAACUCAAGUCCCCCACGCUGCAUCAGCGGAUGCAGCCCACGUUGUCAGCAUCAAGAAGAGCAGGAGACAGGUUGCUGAGCCCGCUGCCCAAGAGCAGUUCAUUCUGGCACCAUCAACGGAUCUGAAAUCCAGUACCGAGCCGUUCGACGCACGCUCCAUCCUCCCCAGAGUAAAGCACGCGAAGAACCUAUCAAGAUUGCUACAAGCUUCGUCGUCCGCUGAGAGGAGGGAUGAUGCCGCUCUCCACCGUGUCUCGUUUGAGUGCAUCGACGGCUUGACAAGAACAUACGACCGGGAGGCAGAAGUGCUGAGGAGCGAGGAUUGCAACCACAAGAGAAUUGAUCGAGAGGACGUUGAAGUGAACAUGCCAUCCGGAGGGCCGAUGCAAGGAUCGCAGUUCGUGGCGUUUGGUGUACUGGCUUUUCCUACCAAGGCGAAAUUCAACGAUAUCUGCUACGAUUUUGUUAGGACUCGGCGGCGUUGCCGUCUUCGAGAGCGAUGCCCUCGUAUCCAUCCCGUUGACAUUCAGUUGUACCUUCCGGGCGCAAUCCAGGAAAGCCAGCGAGUGAAGCAGACGAGAAGAGGUGAUUCUGGGCUACAGCCCGAGCCUUUGGCUGGCACUGAGCCUCCUCCCGGCACCCUGCCUGCGGAAGAUGGACCGAUGCCCAGGACGGACGUGGUGAAUUCAGACAAACCCACACCUCCUUCGUCCUCCACCCCAAUGCCGCCUACGGCAAUCCGAUCAAGUAUUCAACCACGGCCUGCAACAGUUGAACCCAGUAUCUUGGCUGAUGCGCAAACACUCGCUCAAAAGAAGCCAACAACCCCAGCCGUCGUGACACACCCUCCUGAUGUUAUACCCCCCUCAUCGACCUCGGCUCAAGUCGAGCCAGCUAUUCCGUCCACGAAUCACGAACCAACCGUCCGAGUCCGGCUCCCCCCACCUUUAUCCCCGUCCUCACCGAGCCCUUCCGUUCAACUAUCUUCCGCGAGAACUGACCCGCCUCCCCGUCAUCGCCUUGCACACCCACUCCCCCCAAAGCCAUCAUGGUUAGACGAUGUCCAGCAUUGGCACUCCGUCUCUGGCCUUCAGGAUCUCCCGAAUAGUCGGUAUACCGGAGUAUCGUCAGAAGAAAGCCACAGUUCGACCGACAGUGACGAAGAACGGGUGGCGAUCUGCCGAAGGAUUGCUUCUCCUGAUCCGUUUCCAUUAGAAAAUUGGGAUCCCCGAGCCGACGAGAGUGCUUGGAGCGACAGCAAUGUAACAGAUGACCCGCCGCAAUCAAAACGAGUCAGCGCCGGUCGCGAAAUUUUGGCUUCGUCCGCUUCUCGUAAUUCUUUGUCUCCAACAAAUUUAAUCCUCCCCUCUUACGCUUCAAAACCGCUGGCAGAAAUGAAGAAAUUCCUUCAUGGCGAACAGCAAGUAAUCAGGCGCCCACGACCGAGAACAAACGAGCGGUGCAGACGGUGGUUGCGCGACAUGUGCGACAAGGGGUAUGAAUGCCGUUAUAUUCAUGAUGACUUGGACUACAUGGAUGACCCGGUCGUGCCUCCUGUUUCUGGGGUGCAUGCUCCACUCAAGGGCGCUGUCCUGGCGCAUCUUACAUCUCAACCUGAACGAACCUUCGUCAGGCGCCCGCCGGAGACAGUCGGGCGUGUGGUACACCAACAUAUUCACGCCAAGUUUGGCUCGGGCUUUCAAGUGACUGAGCUGGACACAGGCUUCGAGUCGCCUUGGAUAUUCGUCAGCGGCUUCCCAGACCACCUCACCGAUUUCAAAAUCGAGACACUGCUUCGCCGCUUCGGAGACGUCACUGAAAUAAGACGCCCCGCGCAACCUGUCUCCCCGCUGAGCGUCAAAGUGCACUUCAGCAAGGUUUCGGAAGCCUUCACGGCGUUCACAUCGCUGAACGGUGCUGUCGAGUACGGCCGCACGCUCGAGACCCGGAUGGCUGUCGAGAACAAAAAGAGCGGCACCAUCUUCAAGGACACUGCUGUGCGCAUCGAUUGGGAAGGGCCUAAUCGAAACGUGUACAUGGGUUAUGCGGACUUGGAAAAGGCUCAGCAUGCCGUCCAACUCGCGAGAAAGAAGCCGUACGGUGAAUACCAGCCCACUGCAGCAUUGCAUUACGCGCUGCCCGCUGUCGGAAAAGUGACGGUCAAAUUCACGGGCGUACCACCGGACGUUACGGAGAAAGGGAUGGAGAUAUACGGCGAACACCAAGGCAUGGUCACCGAGCGCCCGAACUACACUGGGUCAAGUAUCGAUGAGACCAUUGUGUGUGUCAAGAGGCUCCUGACGAACUUCCGGUCAAAGAUGGUCGAUUUCGAGAUCAAGAACGCACCUUACCGUGAGGGGAAGAUGCGGGUAUGGGCUAUAUUCUCCUCACCUAAGGAUGCCGAGGCGGCUGCGCAACACCUUCAUAAUCGCAAGCCCGCGACGAUGGGCUAUACGCGGGUCAUGGCUAGACACAUGAAAAGUAUUUCGUUCAGCCUCUCCGUCGCCAAAGCAUGCAAGGUCGGGGCGGAGAUCAAGGCAUUUACGGAAAAUAUUUGGAGGCAGGGUCCUGGCUAUAGUCUGUCGAACCAAGACAGAGGCACGUUUGUGUCUGUGCGUCUGUGUGGUGAGGAUUGA